AAAAAAUAGAGGAAUAGAGGGGAAGAGAGAGCAAUCUAUCUUCUCAUAUUUUGCUUUCCCUUCAGUAUUCUAAUACUGAAGGGUAAAACAACAAUUUGUUACAAAAUCCAAGUCCUCUCUGUGUAGAACAUAACCAACACAGAAGGAUUUGGACCCAUUUUGUUUUGAUUGUUCUGUGCCAAGGUUGACACUUCCAUCAUACAAUAAUACAUAAAAUCCAAACAAUCCCUUAAAAAUCCAUAUGGCUCCUCCAAGUAAGCUGAGAAAAGCCAUAGGAGCCGUGAAGGACAAGACGAGUAUCGGCUUAGCCAAAGUCGGUGCUAGCGCUUCCCUCUCCGACCUCGAUGUAGCCAUCGUGAAGGCCACGCGCCACGAGGAAUGCCCAGCCGAGGAACGCCACAUCCGCGAGAUCCUCAGCCUCACGUGCUACUCACACGCCUACAUCUCGGCUUGCGUCUCCACCAUCUCAAAGCGGCUCAGCAAAACCAAGAACUGGGUGGUGGCUCUCAAAACCCUAGCCCUCCUCCAACGCCUCCUCGCAGAUGGAGACCCUGCUUACGAGCAGGAGAUCUUCUUCGCGACGAGGCGUGGGACAAGGCUGCUAAAUUUGUCAGAGUUUAGGGACACUUCGCGGUCCAAUUCGUGGGAUUACUCGGCAUUUGCGAGGACUUAUGCUUUAUAUCUUGAUGAACAACUUGAGUUUAGAAUGCAAGGGAGGAGGGGGAAGAGAAGCGGGUUUACGCAAGAUGAGGGAGAGGAGGAGGGAAGUCCGACGGCAGUGGCGGCGGUGGUGGUGGGGAGAGCGACGCCGGUGAGGGAUAUGAGGAAUGAGAGGUUGUUUUCGAGGGUUCAGCAUUUGAUGCAGCUAAUGGAAAGGUUUCUGGCAUGCCGGCCUAGAGGUUCAGCACAAGACAAUAGGGUUGUGCUCAUGGCUCUCUACCCAGUGGUGAAAGAAAGUUUCCAGAUAUACUACGACAUAACAGAAAUACUAGGUAUCUUGGUCGAUCGAUUCACUGGCUUGGAGGUCCCAGAUUCUGUCAAAGUCUAUGAGAUCUUCUGUCGUGUUUCGAAGCAGUACGAUGAGCUUGACGAGUUCUACGCCUGGUGCAAGCAUGACGGGAUUGCGCGAGCUUCUGAGUACCCAGAUGUUGAAAAAAUUUCACAGAAUAAAUUGGAUGCAAUGGAUGAGUACAUACAAGAAAAGACCGUGGCGGAACGAAACAGGAAGGUCAUAUAUUUGGAUCAAAAUAAUGGUGAGGAGGAAGAAGAGACGAAGCCAAAAUACGAAGAAGUUGUCGAAGAGGAUAUGAACACAAUCAAGGCGUUACCGCCGCCUGAAGGAUUUCCCGAGGAGCCAGAGGAGGAAGAAGUGAAGGAGGAGACGAAGGAGAAAGAGAAAGAGAAUGACAUCGAGAAAGAAGUCGAUUUGUUGAACUUGGGUGCAGAUGCGGUGACAAGCGAAGAACAUGGAGAUAAAUUGGCUUUAGCUUUGUUUGAUGGUGGUGCACCAACAACAACAACUCCGGCAUGGGAGGCAUUCAAAGAUACAGAAAACUGGGAGACCGCGCUGGUUCAAUCCGCGAGCCAUCUGUCGAACCAACAGGCAUCGCUGCCUGUUGGUUUCGACAUGAUGUUGCUCAACGGCAUGUAUCAACAAGGAGCAACCGUGCAAGCAAUGGCUUCCUCAGGACACGUGUCCACAGGGAGUACCAGCAGCGUCGCCUUUGGAUCGGCUGGUAGGCCCGCUCCAAUGUUGACGCUGCCCGCACCUCCUAGCGCAACAGACGGUACCGUUUCAACGAGCGCUGACCCAUUUGCGGCGUCAGUGGUGGUGCCACCCCCGUCUUAUGUCCAAAUGGCGGAGAUGGAGAAGAAACAGAGGUUGUUAGUGGAGGAGCAGCUGAUGUGGCAACAAUAUACCAGGGAUGGGAUGCAAGGCCAAGUUGGCUUAACAAAGAUGCAACAACCAAACCCUUAUCCUUGCAAUAUGGGUGGUUACACACAUACUUAUUGAAACCCAUUUUACAACAUAGUUGUUUUCUUACUCAACAUUUUUUUAAAAUUUUUUGGUGGGGAGUCUUGGGGUGGCUUAGUGGAUUGAGAAGGGGGAAUGAGAUCACAAAAAAAUUAAACCCCUCCUUUCGCUUUUGGUAGGGGAAGUGCACAAGUCAACAUGUAAAGAUAGACUUUGUAAUCAAUAGUGCUAAGCAUACUCUGGAUAUGUUUGAUUCACCUUAUUUGGUUUUCAAACUCAAA